AUGUUUGAUAGCAUGGCUCAAAGUGAAAAUGGUACCGAUAUGUAUUAUGAACGUGGAAAAAAUUCACUAGCAAAUCGUCUAGCACUGUAUCAAAAACGUGAUAAUGAUAAAGCACAAAUAUAUAAACGAACAAUACCAUUACAUAAUCAACACUCACAUAUGCUAACGGAACAAUAUUUACAAAAAUAUAAUGCAGCAAUAAAAGAGAAAAAACAUGCGAAAAAACAAGCAAAAUCAAAUAGUAACAAAACAUCAACAUCAGUGAACAGUCAAGAUGAACACUCAAAUCCAGCUACUUCAUCUUCUACCUCAUCGUCGUCGUCGUCGUCUUGUACUACGAAUCGCAUUCAAGCUGAAGUUAAAAUUGAUAUACCAUGUAAUACAGCUGAGGUUCAACAAACACAAGUAACCGUAAGCACAACCAUAAAUGUUAAAACAACCACAAACAAUGCACAACAACAAAAUCAAUCAAUCGAUUUAAAAUCACAAGUAAACCAUCAUCAACAUUAUCCAAUGACAUCUCCUCAAGCACCACCAUCAUCCUAUUCAAAUUAUACCCAACAGUUUUCUUAUCAAGAUUCUAAAGUGAAAUCAAAUGAUUAUUUCGAUGAUCUAUUUGGUGACUCGUCCCAGCCGUCACAACAUCAAAUACAGCAUCAAACAUCGAGUUCAUCAUUUUCAUCGUCAACAUCGUCUUCUCCCAUUCCAUGUUCAUCGUCUCCGUUGACACAACAACAACAACAACAACACAAUUAUAAACAACCAUCAAUGAUGUGUUCAACUACAAACAUUAUUUCAAAUUUUGAACACGAUAAAAAUUUGUUAUUGCAAUCACCAUCAGAUUUACUACAGAAUAUUGAUCAACAAUAUACCAUUAAUUCGAGGAAGAUUCCCAGUCAACAUUAUCAAUCACCGCCCGUUAUAUCAAAUUUAAUAGCGAAUACGUCAACUGAUAGUAACAACACUUUACAUAAACAACAGCAUCAACAGCAACAGAUGGAUCUUCAUAAAGAUAUAUUUUCUGAUUGUGUUUUAUUUAAUGGCAAUGAAUUUGAUUUAAAAGCCUACAUGGAGGAUAUUGAUUUAAAAUCGGGAUUUGACGAUUUUACUUUACCAUUAACGGUUGAUACAAACAUUAGUGCGUUUUCAUUUUCAAUGAUAUCGGAUGAUUUGUUUCAACCCGCGUCACUCAUAGGUACAUUAUCAAAUUCAAAUUCAUCUUCCACACCGUAUUCAUUCACUACAAGUUGCUCAUCAUCGCCCUCACCAUCAUUUCGAGCUAUGACUCAAACACCACCAACUGGACAGUCUAAUGAUACGAAUAAAACACUAUUGACUACACAUUUGCGAACAAAUAUGUCUGAUAGUAUCGUUCGUUAUCCAUCGAGUGAAACGAUUGAAAAUAUAAAAUCAACUUUGAAAACUGAAUUGCUUUCUAAAAAAGAACAACAACUUUCUGAGUCAAACAGUCAUACUGACAUUAAUACUAACUCACAGUCGAUAGGAGCGUAUAAUGAUUCAUUUUCAAAUCCUACAAAAUAUACCACUACACAAAAGUAUAUUUCCUCACAAAAUACCAGUACCACAUACCAACAAAUGCAAUAUGAUGAUUCUAUUCGACAACAACAGAUGUUUGAAUAUCAACAACGACAACAAUAUGAACAAAGUCGAUUAUUUGCUGCACAACAACAAACGAGAGCACAAGAAUAUGCCAGUAGCCAAUAUGAAAUGAAUCAGUAUCAAUGGCAUUCAAAAUAUUCAAAUGGCGCUGUGAUGACGUCAUCUUAUCCUUAUCCAGUUGACCAAUCCUCUUAUAGACAAUCAUCUUAUCCAAUGCAACAACAUAUUCACAGAAGCAAUUCUAUCAUGUAUCAACAUCAUCCACCACCAUCUCAACAACAGCGUCAGUAUCAUCAUUCACAUUCUUCGGCGUGUUAUUCAUCUCAGACGUGUUCAUCAGCAAUGCAAGAUCAACAAAAAGCGAUGUAUAAUCCACGAAUGCAUCGACACUUAUCUAUGCAGCAACAACAACAACAACAACAUAAUUCAAUGAGUACGGCAAUGCCAUCUGGAUUUUCUAUGACACAGACAGGUAUCACACCUCAACAAUCACCACAAAUACAACAAUAUAGAUAA